AAAGAUGAAUGAACCUCCCCUUCUGAAUGUGGUCCUGCAGAAAAACUCUCAGCCUCAGUGAGUCACAGCACCUGGAAACGGUUGCAUUAAGAACCAGCUUCCACCCCGAGAAGACGUCCACAGAGGAGCCGGCUGCUUGCUGCACAGAAACAACGCGCAACAGUCUCAUUUUACGCGUCCAAAAAAUCCAGGCAUUGUGCAAGAAGCGUUGCGUAAGUGAAACUGAUAUCGCAUAAAAACUCUCGAAGCCAGACUUGAGUCGAGGAGGAAAAGAAAGAGAAAGAAGAGGUUUCGGCUCUUGUGGAGUUUUGGAAGAAACAAAAUGUCUAAACCUAAUUACUCUGGCACGUUUGAUAUGGUGGAGCAGGAGAAUAUGGACUCGUACCUCGAAGCUUUAGAUAUUAAUUUCGCCCUGAGGAAGAUUGUGUGUCUGUUGAAGCCCACCAAAGAGAUCACUCAUGACCCGGCCACAGGAGCCAUGAAGAUCCGCACCAUCACCACCUUCAAGAACUUCAACAUGGAUUUCACCAUCGGAAAAGAGUUCACUGAAGACCUGGGCCCGGUGGACGGUCGCACCUGUCAGACUACAGUGAGCUGGGAAGGAGACAAACUGGUGUGUGUGCAGCGAGGCGAGAAAGAAGGACGAGGCUGGACACACUGGCUGGAGGGUGACAAGCUGCAUUUGGAGAUGAGAGUUCAAGGCAUCGUGGCCAAGCAAGUCUUCAAGAAGGCUAAUUGAAGCAACUGAAAAUGUCUUUAAGUGAAUUAUUCUUAGUAGAAUAUAGUUAAGGACUUGGUUCAAGAUGUGAUUAAUGUUUAUAGUUUCUUUUAAUUAUAAUCAACAUUAUUUUGAAAUACUGCAAUAAGACUAAGUAUCUGUAAAAAAAAAAACAACUACUGGACAUGUAUAUCUUAAUUGUUCCUGUGUGGUGGUACUAACUGAGAAGAGAACAGAAUGACUUGUGUAAACAUUCCCUACAUACUUCUUCAUAUUGCACCAUCUAUCUUCACCAUGCUAUAAACAAACCAUUCCACUGUCGGACAUCACUGCUGCAUCUUUAAUUCAUCACAUCAUUAUCCAACUUUUGUGUGUGUGUGUGUGUGUGUGUGUGUGUGUGUGUGUGUGUGUGUGUGUGUGUGUGUGUGUGUGUGUGUGUGU